GGAACUUCGAUGAUUCCCCCACCUCUAUCCGCUGCAAUUGCAUUUUGACACAAAAGAAGCUUAAACGUAUUAUAUUGCAGCGAUUAGGAGAUUUUGUGGCUAACGGCGCCUAUCCUGCUAGGAGUAAUGCUCUAAAAAUGCGCCGACAACGUGGGUGUGACCGCUGUUGCCUGUAAACUUCGUUUGUUGUCAGUUGAAGGGACGGAACGGAAAGGACGGACGGAGUGGCUCGGAAGCCCAGUGAAAACGCCUACAGUAACGAAGCAACAACUGUAUACAAUAAUCCGGCAACUGUGUUAUCGCAAGAGGAAAUUCAAGUCUCGUUUUCUGCGUGGGUGCGGUGGAAGAUGUGUGGCAUGGAUGUGCGCCGGUUUUGCGAGGAUUGGAGGAUCUGGAUUCGGCCGUUACUGAUCGUCACAUACGUCAUAUUCGCGAUUAUAGUAGUGCCACUGCUUAUUGUUAACUCCGUGAAGGAUGGUUUUCAACGCAACGAUCAGCUCAUCCUCAUCGGCGGCUUGUUCGUUCUGUCUGCGGUGCCCGUAUCGAUAUGGCACAUCAUCCAACACGUCAUCCAUUUCACAAAACCCAUUCUGCAAAAGCAUAUUAUACGCAUUCUGUGGAUGGUGCCAAUCUACGCCCUGAACGCGUGGAUCGGCCUCUUCUUUCCGAAGCACUCCAUAUACGUGGAUUCGCUGCGCGAGUGCUAUGAGGCGUAUGUGAUUUACAACUUCAUGGUGUACCUGCUCAACUACUUGAAUCUCAACAUGGAUUUGGAGGCCACCAUGGAGUACAAGCCGCAGGUGCCGCACUUCUUUCCGCUCUGCUGCAUGCGACCUUGGAUAAUGGGACGCGAGUUUAUCCACAACUGCAAGCACGGCAUCCUCCAAUACACGGUUGUGAGGCCAAUAACAACCUUCAUCUCAGUAAUAUGUGAGCUGUGUGGCGUGUACGGGGAGGGAGAGUUUGCUGGUAACGUGGCAUUUCCAUACAUCGUAGUCGUCAAUAAUAUCUCCCAGUUUGUGGCAAUGUACUGCUUGGUGCUGUUCUACCGUGCCAACAAGGAGGACCUAAAACCCAUGAAACCCAUCCCAAAGUUUUUGUGCAUCAAGGCUGUGGUGUUCUUUUCGUUCUUUCAAGGAGUGCUUCUCAAUGUGCUGGUGUAUUAUAACAUAAUUAAGGAUAUUUUUGGAUCGGAUGUGGGCGACACAAAUUUGGCAUCGCUUCUGCAGAAUUUUCUCAUCUGCAUCGAGAUGUUUAUUGCUGCCGUGGCGCACAUCUACAGUUUCCCGCAUCACCCCUUCCACAUCAAUUCGCCACAGUACUGGAACAAUCCAAAUCACAGCUGGUGCCGGGCCUUCCUAUCCAUGAUGGACAUCUCGGAUAUGCAGGAGGAUGUCACCGAACAUCUGGGCGUUGUGGGUAGUACGUUAAGUCGUCGCUUCCAGGGUCGCAGCACAUAUCAGCCACUGGCCCGCAGUCCCCGACGUUCCAGCAGCGAAUCGGAGUAUCUGAUCAGUAAACGCCAGGACCAGCAGCAGCAGCAGCAAUCGGGCAACUCGUCGCAAUCAGGUAACAUGUAUGGCGCCACCUCGAGCCGUCUGAUCGUGCCCGUGUAUGAGGGCAAGCUAAGCACUCUACCCGAAAACAAUCAUCCUUCUCACACCCAAUCUCGAUUUCCCCAAGCAGGCAUAGCCGACGAUAGCAACAGUAGCAAUAGCAACCACUACCAACAACAACAACUACAUGUGACGGGCUCACAGCCGUCAACGCGUCAACGUGAUACGCUGCACCUGCGUGAGCGUGAGAGAGAAACGGGGGCGGCAGGCAACUUUGUGCGUCUGGCGCCCGGGGCCAGUGCAGCGGCGCCCAUUCCUGAAUCCAACGACGACUAUGCCCUACUGUUGGGGACGGGCGCAGGCAGGUGACACCGCUACCAACAGUAUCACUACCAGCCCCAGAACCAUCACCAUCAAAACCUGCAUAUCGACGAUGCCUUCGAGGAUGAGGAUGGCGUUAAUGUUUCAUCGCUUAGCGCCUCCCUGUCUGUAUCGUUUGGCAUGUCGAGUAGCCUAAAGUUUAGCGCCACUGGCAGCAACCAGACGGCAUCCGAGUGGUCUAACUCAACGGGCGGGGAUGACGACGAUGACGAGGACAAAGACGGGGACGGAAACGAUGAUGAUGGGGGAGAACAGCCUGUUGUCGUAGUUGCCACAACGACGCGACGUCGCCGCGAUCGUGAAUACAUCACCUAGACUCCAGACUAGACCUUAAUCUCUUUACUUACAUGCUACACUUAUUAUUUUGCCCGUAUCUUGAUUUUUAAUAGCUAAAAAAUACUCAUGAAACGAACCCUUUCUUUCUGCCGGCCCCAUCAGAUGGGGUCUUUGAAAUCGUGGCCUUAGUUUUGAACGCAAAAAGGAACGACUAGUUUUUCAUUGGCACACUCAAUUAGAUCCAUUCAUUAAACAUAAUCCAAAGAAUCAUCAUACAUAUGUGCGAAAUGGGGGUUAGAUGUUUUGUAAGUAAAUUUUAUACGCUAGUUUUGUAGGCGGAAAUUAUCCCGAAAAAAACGUAAUUUUUAUAAUUUACAUCCCCGCAUAGUUAAGACCUCGAAAUUUUAGUGUGGCGAAGUAGUUAAUUGAAACCGCGCCUGAACCGAUUGUGAAUUUUGUGACUGCCGCCGGUCAUAAAAGGGCGUGACUUGUAUUUAAAAUAUAAAUCUUAUUGUAAUACUAAUAUACACCGUAAUAAUAUAAUAUUGAAAACUA